AUGGACCAGGCACCUUCUGAGGCAGAGCGGCAGUUGCAACCUGCGUCUGAGGAGCCCCUCGGUCGCCCCGACACAGAGCUGGAGGCUGCGGUGAUUGAGGAGGCUGAGGGGGACCUGGAAGAGGGUUCUGAGGACCGCACGAUGACAGACAAUAAUUUUUGGUUGAAGAAGAUAGAAAUCAGUGUUUCAGAAGCAGAAAAGCGAACUGGAAGAAAUGCCAUGAACAUGCAAGAAACAUACACUGCUUACCUCAUUGAAACAAGGUCAGUUGAACAUAUUGAUGGUCAGAGUGUCCUAACAGACUCACUAUGGCGGCGGUAUAGUGAAUUUGAGUUGUUGAGAAACUACCUUUUAGUUUUCUAUCCACAUAUUGUUGUGCCACCUCUACCAGAGAAAAGGGCAGAGUUUGUUUGGCAUAAACUAUCUGCUGACAACAUGGAUCCGGAUUUUGUGGAAAGACGACGGAUUGGUUUGGAGAACUUUCUCCUCAGAGUUGCUUCUCAUCCCAUCCUUUGUAGAGACAAAAUCUUCUACUUGUUCUUAACACAGGAAGCCAAUUGGAAGGAGACUGUGAAUGAAACUGGUUUUCAGCUAAAGGCAGACUCCAGGUUAAAAGCGCUUAAUGCAACAUUCAGAGUGAAAAACCCAGACAAGAGAUUUACUGAACUAAAACACUACAGUGAUGAGCUGCAGUCUGUUAUCUCUCAUCUUCUUCGAGUCAGAGCUAGAGUAGCAGAUCGACUGUAUGGAGUAUAUAAAGUGCAUGGGAAUUACGGACGAGUUUUCAGUGAAUGGAGUGCCAUAGAAAAAGAAAUGGGUGACGGACUUCAGAGUGCUGGCCACCACAUGGACGUAUAUGCAUCUUCUAUUGAUGAUAUUUUGGAAGAUGAAGAACAUUAUGCAGAUCAGUUGAAAGAGUAUCUUUUCUAUGCAGAAGCCCUGCGGGCCGUGUGUAGGAAACAUGAACUUAUGCAGUAUGAUUUGGAGAUGGCUGCUCAGGACUUAGCGUCUAAGAAGCAGCAAUGUGAGGAAUUGGCAACAGGGACUGUGAGAACAUUCUCUUUGAAGGGAAUGACUACCAAGCUUUUUGGUCAGGAAACUCCAGAGCAGAGAGAAGCCAGAAUAAAGAUGCUCGAAGAACAAAUAAGUGAAGGGGAACAACAACUGAAGUCCAAAAAUCUGGAAGGCAGAGAGUUUAUAAAAAAUGCUUGGGCUGAUAUUGAACGCUUCAAAGAACAAAAGAACCAUGAUUUGAAGGAGGCCCUCAUCAGUUAUGCAGUCAUGCAGAUCAGUAUGUGCAAAAAGCUUCUAAUUUUCUUAGAUCCAGACUUUGUACAUUCUACACUCUGA